UUUCUUCUUCUGGCCAUUAAAGAAAGAUUUAGGCCAUAAAACAUAACAUUUAAAAAAGGAUUUUUUUUUUCAAUCAAAAUUGUUUAUUUGCUUCGCAAGAUUUUAAAUUGAGUAUAUUGUUUCUUCGUAACCAUUUCAUUAUUAAUAUGGCCUUUCUGUAGUGGAAAUACGUACGAAAGUUUUAAGACUGCGUGAUAAUGGCUGUUUGUAUAGCUGUAAUAGGAAAAGAUAACUCGCCCAAGUUCCUGUCGUGCCUGGACCCCGACGCGGAGCUGCAGUUCCACUACCGGGUGCACACGUCCCUGGACGUGGUCGAGGAGAAGCUGUCGGCGGCGGGCAAGGGCGGCGGGGACGUGCGGGAGCUGUACCUGGGACUGCUCUACUCCACCGAGGAGCACAAGAUCUUUGGCUACGUGACAAACACAAAGAUUAAGUUCAUAAUUGUUGUGGAGAGCUCCAACACGCUGCUCCGAGAUAACGAAGUCAGGAUGAUGUUUCGCAAACUACAUACUUUAUACACAGAUGUGGUGUGCAAUCCAUUCUAUAUACCUGGAGAUCCCAUAACAUCAAAGCAUUUUGACAAAGCAGUUGCCAAUAUAAUGGCUGGGAACAUGUGAACUCUGAGAAAUGAUUGUUCUACACGUCAUCUCUGGAUGCUGUUAAGAAUUGUGCGAUAUCUCGAUAGUGCUUCAUUAUACCAAGACAGUGAAAUUUUACUUCGUGGUGAAUCUGCAAAAUACUGGACGGUUUGUAAAUGAAUCCCAGCGAAUGUGUCUGGAAAAAAAAAUUGAUGUUUGUGAGAAUGGAUAUUUGUAAGAAUAUGUUAUAAUUUUGUUGUUCGUUGGUUUUAUGCCAUACCAUAUUUGUUAUUUAUACAUAUAUAUAUUUUUUUUUAGAAAAA